GAGCUACAUUACGACACAGAGAAGCUGAACAGCGACACCACGGAUUCUGUAGGGUCCCUUCCCAUGUGAAUACACUCUACACUUUCUCUUCUUCGUAUUACGUGUGCAAAAAUAUCGUAUAAGAAAAAAAACCCAGCUUCCAGCUGUUCUUUAGAUUUUCAAAAUGGACACAAGAGCCUUGAGGAAUCCCUAUCAUGACUAUGAUGGGAGCCCAGCUUCCACACAGGCGCUGUUUGAUUCUCAUGGGAAGCUUACACCUGAGUUUUCCCAAAGAGUGAGCAGCAAGAUCAGCGAACUUUUAGCUGUUAUGGAAAAUGGGCUGAAAUCUGCUGAUCCAAGAGACUGCACGACUUACACAGGCUGGGCAGGCAUCGCUCUGCUCUACCUGCAUCUCCACAGCGUGUUCAGAGAGGAGUCCCUCCUGCAGAAAGCGCUGGAACACGUCAGCCGCAGUCUCAAGUCUUUGACCCAACGCCACGACGUCACCUUCCUGUGCGGAGACACGGGGCCGCUGGCCAUAGCUGCUGUGGUGUAUGCUCGCCUCCAGAGGGCGCAGGAGUCUGACGAAUGCAUCAACAGACUGAUGCAGUAUUACCAGACGGUGGUGAACGGCUCCGGCGGGCUGCCAGAUGAGCUGCUGUACGGCCGCGUGGGCUUCCUCUACUCCCUGGUCUUCAUCAACCAGCAGUUUGGUCAGGAUCGGAUCCCUCUGCAGUACAUCCAGCAGAUCAGUGAGGCCGUUCUGGCGUCAGGAGAGCACCUCAGCAGAAAGUUCAGGGUCCAGAACCAGAGCCCGCUGAUGUACGAGUGGUACCAGGAGCAGUACGUUGGCGCCGCUCACGGGCUCGCAGGCAUCUACUAUUUCCUAAUGCAGCCCGGCUUCGUCUCGUCAGAGGAGCACGUUCACCGGCUGGUGAAACCCAGCGUGGACCACGUCUGCCGCCUCAGGCUGCCCACGGGGAACUACCCUCCCUGCUUGGGGGACGACAGGGACCUGCUGGUGCACUGGUGUCACGGAUCCCCCGGGGUGGUCUACAUGCUGCUGCAGGCGUACAAAGUUUUUGGGAUCCCUCAGUACCUGGAGGAAGCUCUGCAGUGCGGAGAGGUGGUGUGGCGCUGGGGUCUGCUGAAGAAAGGCUACGGGCUUUGCCACGGAGCAGCAGGGAAUGCCUACACCUUCCUGGGCCUCUACCGGCUAACGCAGGACCCCAAGCAUCUUUACAGAGCCUGCAUGUUUGCAGAUUGGUGCAUGAACUACGGCAGGCAUGGAUGCCGGACACCAGACACCCCCUUCUCCCUUUUCGAAGGCAUGGCCGGCACCAUCUACUUCCUGACAGACCUUUUGCAGCCAAUGAGAGCGAGGUUUCCAGCUUUUGAGGUGUAGAGGGUGUCCACAGGUAGUCGCCUCCCUCGUCCAAAACACCAACACCGCACCACGCUUGCUGUCAUACGCAUGCAAGGACGCGACAUCUCUUUAAUCCUGCGACAAAAACGUCUUUUUACGCAGACGAUUCCCUGUUUUAUCUCACAGAUCAGCUAAGCUUUCCGGUGCGUAUUUUUUGUGUUUUUCAGUGACGUUGUUUUUCGGUUGUUUUGAAGAAAAGGUUGGUAACAUUUGAAAUGUAGAUGUUUUAAUGUCUAGAUUAAAAUAAAGAAUGCAUAAGUUGUUGUUUUUUUUUUUUUUUCCAAGGUGUAAUAACACUUUAAUUAAGGUAGUUAUGAAACAGCUUGAGCUGUGUCUUAUGAUAAUGACUGAAAAAUAAAAUUUGACAGAUAUAUGCUUUAGUUGACUUAAGUUUUUUUUUUUGUUUUAUUGUUUCCUUUCAGCAGCAGCAGCAGCUAGAAAAAUACACUAGGUGGCAGCAGAGAGUUAUUAGUCAAAUGCCUUUACUGUCAAGUUUGACAUUUAGUGCCAACAUAAAAGGUUUUUCAAAGCCAUCAUGCAAGG